AAUGUUGGCAGAGCAAGGCUGGUAAAAGGCAAAGAGAAUCAUAGGGGUAGAAGUAGGACAAGGAGUCACGAGGUGCCUAGAGAAUAAAAAUUGCACAAAAUGCAAAAACACCCUUGAGACUACAUCACAGAACAAUACAGAAAACUGGAAGCAGUCCUGAGGUCGUCAGAGUCCGUUGGACGUUAAAUGAAACUUCAUUGGCACUAGCCACAUGUUGACUCUGGUGACCACGCCUCCAUCGGUUAAAAUUUGCAAUGAAGAGCGCACGAUCAUCUGUAAGAUUCCAGAGAGGAGGACUGUGCAGGCGAGCCUCUGUUCGUUUCCAGGCUCCGUAAAACACAGCUGUGUUCUCCAGAAAGAACGGCAAAAUUGUCCUCUGUUUUUGGUAUGAUGCUGGAAAAGUGUUCCUUCUGUAAAAAAGGGGAAUGCAUCAAGCCCGUAAAAGUGGAAAAAAAGCCUGGAAAAGCAGCAGCUAAGAUCAGAAUUGAAGCAGAUGGAAGCUAUUUUCAGAUCAAUCAGGAUGGAGGAGCACAAAAACUGGAAAAGGCUAAAAUUACUCUGAACGACUGCUUAGCUUGUAGUGGCUGCAUUACAUCAGCAGAGAGUGUUUUAAUCACUCAACAGAGCCAUGAAGAGCUCUGCAAAAUGCUAACCUUUAACAAGACUGCCGCUCCCAACGAACAGAAGUUGGUGGUGGUUUCUGUCUCACCACAGUCCAGAGCUUCGCUGGCUGCAAGAUGUAAAAUGGGUGUUCUGGAAACAGCCAAGAGGUUGACUGCAUUCUUAAAGAGUUUAGGUGUGCACUAUGUAUUUGAUACAACUUUCUCAAGAAACUUCAGCCUAUUGGAGAGCCAACAAGAGUUUGUAAAACGCUUUCGAAAGCAAUCUGAAGACAAAAAGGCUUUGCCAAUGCUAGCAUCUGCCUGCCCAGGUUGGAUCUGCUACGCAGAGAAAACCCACGGCAGCUUCAUCAUUCCUUACAUCAGCACCACCAAGUCUCCACAGCAGGUCAUGGGCUCCUUGGUCAAGGGCCAUUUUGCAGAGCAGCAGCACUUAACACCUGACCAGAUAUACCACGUAACAGUAAUGCCCUGUUACGACAAAAAGCUAGAGGCUUCAAGGCCAGACUUUUUCAACCAAGAGUACCAAACUCGUGAUGUGGACUGUGUAAUCACCACAGGAGAAGUGCUGAAGUUGUUGGAACAAGAAGGAGUGGCUCUGUCAGAUGUAGAUCCUGCUCCUUUGGAUGCCAUGUUCGGUAGCGCUGCAGAGGAGGAGCUCACCAGCCACGCCGGGGGUGGUUCUGGUGGCUAUUUGGAGCACAUCUACAAGUAUGCAGCCAAGGAACUCUUCGGAAUUCAAGUGGAUACAAUUCAGUACAAACCUUUAAAAAACAAGGACUUCCAGGAGGUGACACUGGAGAAGGACGGAGUAGUCCUGCUCCAGUUUGCUUUGGCGUACGGCUUUCGAAACAUACAGAACUUAGUGCAAAAGCUGAAGCGAGGGAAGUCGCCCUAUCACUACGUGGAAGUCAUGGCCUGCCCGUCCGGCUGUUUAAACGGAGGCGGUCAGAUCAAACUGGAUGGUGAAUCCAGCAAGGACCAGCUCCAGCAAGUUGAGAGGUUGUACGACUCUCUUAAGACUGAAAUUCCCGAGAAGAACCAGACUGUAAAUGCACUCUACGAGCAGUGGCUGGGCGGCGCGGCGUCGGGAAAGGCUGCAAAAGCUUUGCACACAGAGUACCACGCGGUGGAGAAAACGAGCGCUGGGUUUAACAUCAAAUGGUGAAGAGUGACGCCGUGAGGCCCAGACACGGACGCUCAGUGCCUUUUUAACUCGGUUCUAUUUAAGAUUCUCAAAAGACAGCUAAAGCUCUGGGCCAUCACCGGGUGUUUGCAAUUUCUGACUCUCGUUAGGGGUGAGAAGGUAACGUGCGCAGAGGCAGGCAAUAUUAAUUCCUACAGCUUUAUAAUUACUCAAGUGAUGUAAAUAAAAACCAAACGCCGACUUAAAACGCGUCAGAAGAAGCAGUAACGCAUUCUCGCCUCUACGCACUCUUUAAGGACUAAAUCUGCGCUCCCGUCACAACCCCGUUCCGACCAGAGCUGGUGAAUUUAAGGUACUGAAGGGCCCAGCUUGCAGCAGGCGGGAGCCUCGCGCAGCUCUGAGCGACGCGACGGCGUUACGCGCCCAGGCCUUGCUGUGGUGUCCCGGCACAGGGUUUUACGGCCGUCUCUGUUGGGACGUCCUCAGCUGGUUACAAAUGCUCCAACUAGACCUUGGGUUUCCAUUUCGCCACCCCGACCGGCCACCUCGAGGCCCAGCUGCGCAUCUUUGCUCUGUCAGAGCGGGUGGGAGCCAGCAGCCCCUGAGAAGCAUCAUCCCUAGGGCUGCUUUGCUGCCUGCUGAAAUGGGGUGUGAAUUAAUAUUUAAGAAGAAAAAGCUAGAGUGCUGGGUUUUUUUUCCCCUUUAAUUAUAUAAAUUGUCUCUAACUGUGGGCAAUUACACCGCUCUUUCCUUAAAUACACAGUAGAGAGAGUCACAGAAUCGUCACAUCUACCCCAUCCUCACCAUCGCUGACGAUCCUUAAAUUCCAAGAAAACAAUUCUUUACAGUGUUUCAAGUAAGAAGUUCCUGCCAACCUUCCUUCCGGCAAAGGACAAAGUCCUCGGUGUCUCUGAAAGGUGUUACUUUACAAAAGCUAACAGAAGGCGGCCGUGAGGUGUCAUCAUUACAACAAGUAGUUUGCCAGAACAAUCCAAGAGGUCAGUAAAACCGCGCCUGGGGUAGUGCGGCGCCCUGCCGGGAGGCUGGGGGACAUGAAACGUUUGGUCUUUGGUUACUGGCGAGGACACCUGCCUGUCUCGCUCUCUGUAUUGUGGCAUACGGGUAUUUUCAGACUAAUUACAGAAAAAAACUACUGACUGAAGGACUCUGGCGUGAUCCAUUCGACCUGAAUAUCAGAUUUCCCAGAGUUACAGCGCGUGCAGGGAGGGGAACUCGGUAGUGGGAGGGUUUGCAGCUGUACCUGACCUUGCGGGGAAGGGAUGCCGGAGACGUGGCAUCCCUCCUGGCGACCGCUGUGGCGGCAAGUGAAUAUGAACUUAAGGAUCACCGAAACUGAAUCACUUCAGUAUUUCUCCUUUUUCCAGUUACUGCUAUGUGAGGAAGAAGGACUGUGCAGAAAGUAGCAUUAAGCGGAUGAAAACGGAAAACAAAGCUGCCGCAUUGCUUUGUCCCUUCAGCGUAAAUGCAGGCAGAAGGGGCUGGGUACCGCGUCCAGCCCAGGCUGGGACCGCCCCGGCCCCUCGCCAGAGGUAACCCUCACUCACCCACUUCCUGCAGCCCUUGAGCUUAGGGCUGUCAGAAAGCAAAGCUGGCAGACCUUGACCCGCCUCUUGUAACGGCUCCUCUGGCGUACGGCUGCGUCUCCCUCGCAGCGCCUCCUCCCCUCCUCAUUACAAGUAAGCCAACAGUGUAAAACACCUUUUUUUAAAAAAAUUGUUUUAAUUAAAAGCUUUACAUUUUUCA